UGCAGAGCUCGCGCUGGUUAUUUCCCCUGUCCCGAGCAGCAGGCGGAAGAGGUGUGCUUAACAUUUAACCUUUUUGUGAGGCAAUGUGAAAAUGGCGUUAUGAAAAGUUACACAAUCGCGGGCUACAGGCAAAUAAAGUUUUCAGAGGAGCAGCAUGGGCAACACCAGCAGUGAGAGAAGCGGAGCGGAGAAGACGCAAAGGCGAGAGAGCCGUGGUGGCAAAGAUGGCGCUCGACCCAAAAUCCUUAUGGACAGUGCGGAGGACGGAGACAUCUUCCAAACAGAUGAUGCCAAGGAAUUUCUAGCCUGGCAACAAGAUCAGGAAUCAGAUACUAAAGGCCUGCCAGAGGAAAGGCCCACCGUGUUCCGCUGGAACGGUCCAGGGAAAGAGAUCUACCUGUCUGGCUCCUUCAACAACUGGUCCAGCAAAAUCCCCUUGACUAAAAGUCAUAAUAAUUUUGUGGCCAUAAUUGACCUGCCAGAAGGCGAGCACCAGUAUAAGUUCUAUGUGGACGGACACUGGAUAUUAGACCCCAAAGAGCCUGUUGUGACUAAUAAGUCAGGUGUGAUGAAUAAUGUUGUUAAAGUGAGGAAAACAGACUUUGAGGUUUUUGAUGCACUGAAGACAGACUCUGAGAAAUGUGCCGACAUGUCAGACUUGUCCAGUUCCCCACCUGGACCGUACCAUCAGGAUCCCUACUCAACCAAAUCAGAAGACAGACUGCGCUCUCCUCCCAUUCUCCCGCCACACCUGCUGCAGGUGCUCCUCAACAAAGACACUGGCAUCUCUUGUGACCCAACCCUGCUGCCUGAACCAAACCAUGUGAUGCUCAACCACCUGUACGCCCUUUCCAUCAAGGAUGGCGUGAUGGUUCUUAGUGCCACACACCGCUACAAAAAGAAGUAUGUGACCACACUAGUGUACAAGCCUAUAUGAUCUCAAUCCACCAACACUAUUCUCACUGGUUUCUGUCUUAUUCCACUAAAUGUUACUCACCGAAGAAAGGGACCAUGCCUAUCAAACGUCACCAAACGCAUGCGUCUCUGUGAGUUUAUAUUUGUGUGUUUCUGAAUGUCAGUGUCCGAUCCAUAAACCAGUAUCUACAAUGUUUGCACAAAUAAUGUAAUGCAUUUGCCAAAUGUAAAAAUAUCAGCUUGUAGACGUGUUUUGUAUGUGGCUUUUCAGUUUAUGAAUUUCAAAAUACUCAUAGAUCAUUCAAAGGACAUCUGUGAUGUCUGUUUCUGUCUUUUCAGAUUUAGAAAAUCUGCAAAUAAAAUUAUAACUGUUGAUGAAUGGACCAUUGUGCUAAUAAAAUGCACACUAAAACAU